AUGAUUGCCAAAAGUGCUUUUGAGAAUCAGAAGCGGCCAGUUUUUGUAUUCAGUGCUGUCCGGUUCGUAGGAUCGGAUUUGUCCGUGAGCACCGCACUUUACAAGCAGAAGACGACAACUGGCAAGAGUGCCGACGAUCUUCUCUUUCUUAGGAUGGCUGGGGAGCAAGUUGUGAGCAGUGUGAGAUUAGCAAGCAUAUCAAAACUGAUGUUACAAACGCGUGAAGCACAACUGAAAUGA